ACGUCUGCACGCUAGCUGAAAUAAAGCAAAAUGCCCGACUAGGCGCAGGCGCAGAGGCGACCUCCAGGCAGGGCCAGGUGGGAGGGACGGUGGGGGGUAGGGUCGCGCGGCGCCCUCUGCGCCUGCGCCCCGGCACGAGGUGGGGCGGCGGGCGUCAGUACAGUAGAGUGUGCGCCGGGUGGGGGGGCAACGGUCAGCCGUCACCCUGAGACGGGCGGCGGCGGGAUGGCGACAACCUCCGGGGCCUCGGACUUGUCUGGCUCCGGAGCGCCCCCGCCCGGCGUGGGAGCUCAGGCGGCGGCGGCCGCUGAGGAGGAGGAGCGAGAAGUGGUGCGGGUCCGAGUCAAGAAAUGUGAGAGCUUCUUGCCGCCAGAGUUCCGCUCUUUUGCUGUAGAUCCCCAGAUCACCUCGCUCGACGUGUUGCAGCACAUCCUCAUCCGAGCCUUUGAUUUGAGUGGGAAGAAGAACUUUGGCAUCAGCUACCUGGGCCGGGACCGGCUAGGACAGGAAGUUUACCUCUCACUUCUAUCUGACUGGGACCUCAGCACAGCCUUUGCCACUGCCUCCAAACCUUACCUGCAAUUGCGUGUAGAUAUUCGGCCCUCGGAGGACAGCCCAUUGCUAGAAGACUGGGACAUAAUCAGCCCCAAAGAUGUCAUUGGCUCCGACGUGUUGCUGGCUGAGAAACGGUCAUCACUGACGACUGCCGCCCUGCCCUUUACACAGUCCAUCCUCACUCAGGUGGGCCGUACCUUGUCUAAGGUCCAACAAGUGCUGAGCUGGUCGUAUGGGGAAGAUGUCAAGCCCUUCAAGCCACCCCUGAGUGAUGCUGAGUUUCACAUGUACCUGAACCACGAGGGCCAGCUCUCCCGACCCGAGGAGUUGCGCCUGCGGAUCUAUCAUGGCGGUGUGGAGCCCUCGCUGCGAAAGGUGGUGUGGCGGUACCUGCUGAACGUGUAUCCAGAUGGACUGACAGGCCGAGAGCGGAUGGACUACAUGAAACGCAAGAGCCGCGAGUAUGAGCAGCUCAAGAGCGAGUGGGCCCAGCGAGCGAGCCCUGAGGACCUGGAGUUCAUCCGCAGCACGGUCCUCAAGGAUGUACUGCGCACUGACCGGGCCCACCCCUACUAUGCGGGGCCUGAGGAUGGCCCACAUCUACGGGCGCUGCACGACCUGCUCACCACCUAUGCCGUUACCCACCCACAGGUGUCCUACUGCCAGGGCAUGAGUGACCUUGCCUCACCCAUCCUCGCCGUCAUGGACCAUGAGGGCCAUGCCUUUGUUUGCUUUUGUGGCAUCAUGAAGCGCCUGGCCGCCAACUUCCACCCUGACGGCCGUGCCAUGGCCACCAAGUUUGCACACUUGAAGCUGUUGCUGCGACACGCUGACCCUGACUUUUACCAAUACCUGCAAGAGGCAGGCGCUGAUGACCUCUUCUUCUGUUACCGCUGGCUGCUGCUAGAGCUCAAGCGUGAGUUCGCCUUCGACGAUGCCCUCCGCAUGCUUGAGGUCACUUGGAGUUCGCUGCCCCCUGAUCCUCCUGAACAUGAGGUAGAGCUGGUUGGACCCCCCAGCCAAGUGGCAGACACUGGUUUUGGUGGCCACAGGGGGUGGCCCGUGCGACAGAGGCACAUGCUGAGGCCUGCUGGUGGAGGAGGUAGUACUUUUGAAGAUGCUGUUGACCACCUGGCCACAGCAAGUCAGGGGCCUGGUGGUGGGGGGCGUCUCCUGAGACAGGCCAGCUUGGAUGGCCUCCAGCAACUCAGGGAUAACAUGGGCUCCAGGAGGGACCCUCUGGUCCAGCUGCCCCACCCAGCUGCCCUUAUCAGCUCCAAGUCCCUCUCUGAGCCUUUAUUGAACUCCCCAGACCCACUGCUCUCCUCCUUUUCCCACCCUGAUUCCCCGUCUUCCUCAUCUCCACCAUCCACCCAGGAGGCCUCUCCCACUGGUGAUAUGGCUGUAGGAUCCCCCUUGAUGCAAGAGGUAGGCUCCCCAAAAGACCCUGGAAAGUCCCUGCCACCUGUACCACCAAUGGGCCUGCCCCCGCCCCAGGAGUUUGGCCGGGGGAACCCAUUCAUGCUAUUCCUCUGCCUGGCCAUCCUGCUGGAGCACCGCGACCACAUCAUGCGCAAUGGGCUGGAUUAUAACGAGCUGGCCAUGCACUUUGACCGCCUUGUGCGAAAACACCACCUGGGGCGCGUCCUGCGCCGGGCCAGGGCUCUCUUUGCUGAUUACCUGCAGUCAGAGGUGUGGGACUCAGAGGAGGGGGCUGAGGCCACAGCCGCAUCUUGAUCAGGCUUUAUUGAGCCCUCCAUUGGCCCCACCAGAUCUUCAUUCUUUGCUGUGAGGGCCAACCCAUGAGACCCCACCUCCCUCCCUGCCUGCCAGCCCUAGACUUGUUGGAGCAUAGAGCCCUUCCUCCCCAGGCCUAAGUAUGUGGAGCUCUGCUUUGGCACUGCCCCACAGAGGCCAUGCCUCUUUAUUCUGUUUCUGUUGUUUUGUUUUUAACAACUAUACUUUGCACACAAGAA